UAGAAAUGAUAGAAAUAGUAGAAAUAGUAGAAAUGGUAAAAAUGGUAGAAAUGGUAAAAAUGGUAGAGAUAGUAGAAAUAGUAGAAAUAGUAGAAAUGGUAGAGAUGGUAGAAAUGGUAGAAAUAGUAGAAAUG